GUCAUUGCGUAAUCACGGUUGUCGGCUGUCCACGCAUUGCACGCGCAGUAAGCGAACUGUGAACACUCAUGAAAGGUGGACUCUUUUGUCUUUUAAUCGUGUAAAUCAUACCUUAAAUAUUUCCCACUAUCCAUAUCAACAUACCAUGCAUUGAAUAUGUCUAAAAAGCAGAAACAACGGACUAAAGGCAAUGUUCGGCCCUCAAGCAGUGGUCAGGCUGCUGAGCUGCUGGCCAAAGAAGGCGGUGGUCAUGUUGGAUUCGUUGGCUUUGGAUCGAUGUCCGGUGACCUUGGGUAUGUGCCAACCAGCGUCGGAUUCGAAGACCAGGAUGCUGGUCUGGACACAGACUUCAGGAUGGUGCUUCGGAAGCUGAGCAAGAGGGAUGUAGUCACCAAACUCAAGGCAAUUCAAGAAUUCCAGGGACUUUGCUCUGAGAAGGAAGAAGAUGCUAUUGUGUCCCUACUGCCACACUGGCCUAGGCUCUAUAAUAGACUCUCAAUGGACCAUGACAAGCGGGUGAGGGAGGCUACCCAGCAGAUGUUCAUCAAGGUGGUCAGCCGGGUCAAACGUAACCUUGCCCCUCACCUCAAGGCCAUCAUGGGCUGCUGGUUGAUGGCUCAGAAUGACCCUUACGCCCCUGCAGGGUCAGGUGCAAAGGUCGCGUUCCGGACGGCUUUCACGUCGCCAGAGAAGCAGGGCAAUGCAGUGGUUUUCUGCAAGACCGAAGUGCUUCAGCUUUACAAGGACAACCUGUUCAAGGAAACUCCUGAGACACUCAGUGAUCCAAAGUCAUUUUCCAAAGAGGAGCAGACUGAGAAGUACCUGAGAGUGGUGAGCUCAUCUCUGCUUGCGCUCAGAGAGUUAAUCAGUCUCUUACCGCAGGGACAGCUGGAAGGGAGCAAGGAAGAACUGAGUACCAUUCUCUCAGAAGACAGACUCUGGAAGUUUGUCAAGCAUCAAUCUCCAGAGAUCCGUGGUGCUAUGUACAGCUUAUUAGGAACCCUGUGUAGCACAGUCUCUUCCAUCCUGACCCCCUACCUCCCCAAGCUUUGCCCAGCCCUCCUGGCUAGCAUGAAUGAGACAGACCCAUUGACCGUUGGACCUCUCUGGGAUGGCAUCCUUAGACUCAUCUCAUGCGAUCUAGAUUGUUGGAAAUUUGUAAACAUGAGGAAAGCAGUCCUUCCGAAGCUCUGGUCCGUCCUGCGUCAUGGAGGUAGUGGGUGCGCCACCACCAUAUACCCCCACCUCCUUCCGCUUCUCAGUCAUCUACCUCACGAGGUCAAAGGUCAAGAUGAGGCUUUCUACAAGGAAUUCUUCAACAACUUCAGAGAAGGACUUAGUUGCAAGAGUGUUAGUCAGAUUAGCAGUGAGAAUACGGCUGUUCUGAAGUCUUUCAUGGAGUGUCUUAGAUACAGUAUAGCACAGAAUCUCUCCAGUGAUAAUGCAUCUGUUCACACCCAUCUUAUUGAUCAACAGCUUAUGCCUCUUCUGAAGUCCUCUUUGAGUAAAGAAGGCAAGGCAUGGAGUGUGGUGACCAUUUAUCAGCAGACUGGUGCCUUGCUUAACUACCUUUAUAAGCAGAAGGAUGAUGAGGAGAAGGGGUCACCUGCUCAACAGGUUUUGGAGUAUCUGUGGUCAGGCAUCUCUGCUUUGUGUGUGGAUCAUGUGACAUCGAUAUCGACCAAUCAGGAAGCAGGAUUGAAUAAUGUCGCAAUGAUCGUUGCUGUACUGAAGAACCCUAAUACAGCUGAGAUCAAGAAGACAGGAGUCAUUAAGAGAAGAAGCAAGGGAGUAAGGAUCAGGUUUGCUCUGGAGGAGGAGGAGGAAGGAGAAGGAGGAGAAAAGGAAGACCCAUCAACUAGCACUGGUCUAAGAACAGUAGAAGAAUUUAGUACCGAGCCAUCCAUCCAACAUCCUCAGCUUCCGUCUAUCGUCUCCGACCUCAUCCAGUCAUCGUUCCACCGAGUGAAGGACUCCCUACCUCAUCUCAAUUUCCUAGCCCAGCUCGUCAAAACUUUCCCCACCCAGAGCACCAUCCGAACCCUGCUGAAAUCAGCCAGUGUGAAUACAACUGAUGUGAACAUAACUGGUGUGGACAAAACUGAUGAGAACGCAGCUGGUGCGAAUGCAUCCUGUGAACCCCACACAGGGAGUGACCCCGCUAGCAUACAGGUAGAUGCUCCAUCAACAGAUGUACGAGAUAAGGACGUAGCUGAGAGCAAGUCAUCAAGUGAGAAUGACAAAGAUCAACAAUUAUGUAGGACUAGUGAAGAUGUGAAGAGCACUGAGGAUGCCGGAGAAGAGAUUGAGGAAUCCAAAAAAGGUAAACUGGAUGCGAAGGUGGAGGAGAACGAAGGGGUAGAAAAGCUGGACGAUGUUGAUGAUGAUCUUCUACCGCUUAGAUGCAUCUUUUCAUUCCUGUUACCAUGGUUACUUGAUGUUGAGAAGGGAAGCGAAUUUAGAAAGCAGGAGAAGGUGUUAAGAUUGGAAGCUGUCCUUGACAUGACUGUUGCAGUCCUCUUAACCAUCAAUGAAGAGAAUCGGAUCUUGGUUGUCGAUGCCGUGUGCCUCAAAGCGGAGACGUCGCAGCUUCUCCAUCUCACAAUAUGCAAGAUGAGAGAUAAACCCGAGCUAUCAUGGUCCAUGGAUGCUUGGCUUCAGUCGGAUCUUUUUGGUGAGAAGCUCCUAUCAAUCCAAGAUGAACUGUGCCGUCUGACUCUUGAAGGGGAGCUUGAACACAGCUCUGUAGGAUGGAAGCUCAUCUCCCUGGCCCUUUCCUCGGGCAAACAUGACGAGCCACUGAUUGGAACCACUUAUGCUGAGCUGCUCCUCGUUGGAUUCUACCAUGCCCUUACCAGACCGGAUGUUGUUGCCACGGCAACCCAAUGCAUCAGUUUCAUAUGUGAUGUGACCACCAAUUUCUUUUCUGCUGUUAAGGGAUGCAUUCAUCUCUCAUCGUCCACUGACCUCCUACUAGCCAUAUUCCAACUGGAAUGCAAAAAUGCUCACAAUCUAUCAGGAUCUUUGAAGGAGAAAGUACGUCAAACUUGGGUUCAAGGAGUGCAAUCAUUAGUAAAGCAGACUGGUGGGUUGCUCACCAAUCAAGGCUUGCUUGUCAGGACUACACAGUGGAUCAAACAAACACUCAAUGACAAAGAAGGGAACGUACACCAGUUUGAGGAGUUGGGGGCAUCCACCAGUGCCUUUUUGGCAGCCAUCUUGGAUGGGUUACCUAGCAACCAUGAAGAUAGCUGUCAGGAUGUAUUGAAGACCCUAUUGGAGUCUGUGCUUCCUUCCGAUACUGAGUGGGAUAGUCAGAGAAGGGAAUUAGCCAAUCAGUGGAUAUCAUCUGCAGUGAUUGGUCAGCAAAUGACCCAGUGUGAUCUUUCACCUUUGACCUCCGCCAACAAAACCAAUGCCCCACAAGCACUGAAACUCACUCUUUUCGUCAGUACGCUCAUGUCAGAACUGAUCAAAAAUGCAUUUUUACAAGAAAAUGAGGAUGAAGGUGGAGAAGAGGAUGAGGUUAUCGCCUUGAAAAUGAGUGGGUUGCCAUGGCAAUGUGAAGCCCUACAAUCCGCCAUCAUUGAAGUGAUGUAUAUGAAAGAGUGGUGUCAGGCGAUGACUGGAUUUGAAGCAGCUCCACAGAAGUUGGCAGCUGGUACAGCAGUCAUUGCAUCACCACCAGACUAUUGCUUCCUGUACCCACAGACCUUCGGGCAGGCAACAGACGGCAUCUGGGAACACCUGACACAACCCGAGUGGCAGCAGCUGUUUGGCCACAUACUUGACAGGUCGCUGAAAUCUGGUGGCCUCUGGUCAUAUGUUCUCUACCACUUCAUUGAUAACAACUUCAAACACAAUGGUGGCAAGGACCAAAUAAAUAUCUGGCAACCCAUGGACACACCAACGCAACCAUGGCUUGAGAUUUCCAGUGAGGAGAUACUGCAGACAGUAGAGAGACUGGUACCCCAUUUCAGUGAUAGACAUUGCCAGGAGCUUGCUGAGUGCCAUGCUGGGAUGCUGAUGUCAUGUGAGGGAGAUCAGAUCACCAGUCUAUGUGGUAAUAUAUCGAACCUGGCAAUACUCAUCAGAUGUAUCACCAUGAAUCGUCAUGGAGUCUUGCCUGACAUUGCGUUGAGUAGUCUAAGACAGCUUCAACACUGGAGAGAGAAAUCAAACUCUGUCUUCCUUUUCAGUGGGGAGGAGCUGGAAGGGGCCUCCUCAGAACUGCUCUGUCUCAACAUCAAGAUGGUGCAGCUAGUGACUUGUAUUGUUGAGAAGAUCCCUGAGGAGCUGGAAUCACAUGACUGGGACUUCAUCCUUUGUUCUCUGGUUGCUUGGGUGCAGGCAUGCAGUGAAAACACAUCAAACGUCCAGUCCUCAUCAGUCUUAGCUGCCACCCUGUUUGCCGCGACCUCUGACCUUUUGUCCAGUACAUCCAGGCUCUUUGGACAUUCCGACAGAUCGGCCAAGCUUCCAUCUGGCCUCCUGACCGAGUGGAGUGAGUUCUUCAGCGAUGGGGCUUACAGUGUUUUCCUACCAGCAUUCAUGCAGUUCUUAGAGCAAGAGAGUGUAUGGAAUGCUGCUGGUAUGGACUUGACCCCCCUUCUCUAUGCGCUAUGCGAGGCUGCAGCUUACACCCCGACGGAGCAGCUGAAGGGACAUUGCCUUCCCACCAGGCUACAGCCAGGAAGCACAAGACAUGUCCCUGACACCCUUCACACUCUGCUAAAUCACCUAGUGGCUCUUCUCACUAAACCGUACAGACCAGUCCAGAUGGCAGCUUUUAAUAUGCUGCAGAGGGUAAUGCCAGAAUUUGCCAGGUAUGAUGAAGAGUAUCUUCAGGUCAAGAACAAAACACAGGCGGAUGAUGAGGAUGAGGCACCCAGUAUUUUGCCUCCGACGGGCCUACAGAAGCUGCUAGACUCCUCUACAGCCUUCAUGGAAGCUCUUCUCCAGGACAUACCCGUAGGCGAGUGCACCAUUGUAGAGCCUGGUUCCGAAGCCUACAUGCAGACCUCUUCAUACCUACUAGCAUGGAAGCUGUACUUAACAAUUUUUCGAGCUGCCACGAUGGAGGUAAGAGCACAGUACUCCUCCUAUCUGAAGCAGACGAAAGGAAUUCAUUCUUUACUGGAGAGUCUCUUUUGUCUUAUGCCAGAAGAUCCAACCUUAGAGAGGUCAACGACCCCUAGCAAGGGGUCACAGGUGACCAUGUUCAGCAAGCCUCCGGACUUAACCCCCAAAGCCUCUCACGUGAAGGUAAAUGAGGUCCAGCACCUAGCCUGCUCGGUCUUCUUCAGUCUUCUUCAGGAUGUACCAGCUAUCGCCAGACAGUGGUGGACAUUGCAGGACAGAAGAAUAGCCCCGUAUGUUGACAGGUUCACCACCAAGUUUGUCAGUCCCCUGCUAUGUGCGGAGGAGAUCCGCUCCGUCCAAGAGAACCCCAGCACGGCCGAGAACAUGACCGUCAAGGCCCGUCUGUCCACCCGAGAGGUCAUCGCCACCUACUCCAUGCAGGAGCUCAACAUUGAGAUGAUGAUAACCCUGCCAGCCAACCAUCCCCUGGGACCCAUCGAGGUGGACAAUCGACGCAAGGUGGCCGUAGGGACAUCGCAGUGGCGGCAGUGGACGUUGAUGCUGACCACCUUCUUGACCCAUCAGAAUGGAUCUAUUAUGGAAGGAUUGAACCUGUGGAGGAUCAACGCAGACAAACGUUUUGAGGGCAUUGAAGACUGUAUGAUCUGUUUCUCUGUAAUCCAUGGUGGAAACUGCUCCCUACCAAAACUUACUUGUAAGACUUGCAAGAAGCGCUUCCACUCAGCAUGUUUGUACAAAUGGUUCAGUACUAGUACGCAGUCUUCUUGCCCUCUCUGCCGAAGUCCGUUCUGAGAACCAAAGCUAGAAAAGUGCAAUUCCUCGUUGGAUUCCUCAUUAUCCUGCCUUAUUCUUCAGGCAACUUUAUUUCUGUGUUUUUCUCGAAGAAAUAUGUAUUUGUCAAAGGGCACUUUCAAUACCUUAUUCUAUCAUGUAUCAAUAUCCUAUUUGGAUUGAAAUAUAUCUUGAAGAGUACAGAACACACACUGAUCGAAGCAGUGUAAUUUCACUGAUAAAAUACAUUUUCUUAUAAAAUUAGCCUGACAAUGCUACUUAAUUUAAUCUGGUAAUUGAUUCACAAAGAAAUGUCUCAUAAGGGUUAUGCAUACUGACGAAACUUUGUAGUUACCUCAUGAAAUAGUCUAAUUGUUUGCUGAAAUUACCCGAUGUUGCUUUUCCAUGAUUUUAUUUUAUGUUAUGUGUGGGGCCUGAUAUCUGGCCCUGUCAAAGGUCAUACCUCCUUCACAUCCCAUAGAAGUAUGUGUUGAUGAAUUAAUAUCAGCGAUUUGCAUCCACUUGGCCAACUAGCAGUUGGUCUAAGUCUCAGAUCGUCUAACUCCAUCAUGGCUAAGUAUCUGACCUUCCAAAAGAAAAGCAUGUGUCUUAGAAGUUGAUUUGCCCUUUAAUUUGAGACCCCAAUAAAACCAAAUAACCAAGAAAUAUGCAAAGCUCUGUUCUUUUUAAAGUAAUCCUUGCAUAUCCAUAAUUUCAGUCAUAAACUCAGAUGAAAAGGAGACUACAAGCUUUACAAUGAUAGGUCAUUUAUCUGUCAUAUUUGUGAUUAAGUUAUGAUACAGCUUUGGUAAAUUUUGGCUUUUUUUUUCUUGGACACACUGUAUAUUAUUCUUGAAUGAAGUAACAAGAACUUGAAAGCUCAAAAUUAUUAAAAAAAAUCUUUUUCCACAACUUUAAUUCCCUGUUGUACCGAAAACAUCUUAGAAUAGACUACAACAGAAAACUAUUUCCUGAUUAAAACUAUUUCCUGAUUAUGAGUUUCCUUGAACAGUGUGACAUCCAUAUUAUACUUAUGAAAAAUGAAAAAAAAAAUGAAAAUCUAUAAUUUAUCAUUGAAAUGAUAUCUGAAAUAGAAAUACUCUGAAAAUUGUUUUGCCCAAUUAAUCGUUGGCUCGGCAGCCACUGUGCAGCUCCAGAUCGAUGUAGCUCUACCCGUUAAAUUGAUGAACACCAAACAUGGUAGCAGCAACUCUUUUCUUUUAACCUCUGAUGCUGCCGGCUGGAACGCGGCCUGACUUUCGGUUGUGAGACGGACGCUCUACCAACUGAGCCAACACACCUGUAUUAUUAAAAAUAACAAGACUGGAGGAGGCAUCGUUAUUAAAAUGGGUUUCAUGUUGAUAUCUCGCGUCCUUCAACAGUGUGUUAUGAAGGAAGUUCAGGAAGUGUGGAUACAAUAUCAAUAUUCCGGUGAAAAUUUAGCCUCUGCCAACAUCGACACUUACCGGCACUGUUAACUCAACUGUUCUAGGAUUUACUUUACAAUUUGUGUGUCUAAAUAAAAAGCUUUACCCGUUUGAAAUGGCUACUGAGUGAACAGAAUAUGGAGGGGGGGCCCACUCUUUUCAGUAAAGUCGUAAAUGUUGUCACCUAUCCAUGGUAGCUCAUCGACUCUACUUUCAUGUAAUACCUUAAAAUCUAAAAAUCAUGCACAAUCUGAAGCCCCCCCCGCCCACUUUUACCAGUAAACAUGUAAAUACGUAAAAAUUACAAUCUGAUUAUGUUUUUUUUUCAGAAUGGUCAUCACCCCCUGCAAAAUUAUUUUGCAGCCCCUGUAUAGGACUUAAAGGUAAAUGCUAGUUUUGGUAACGAUAUCAAAAUGAGUUCGUACAGAAUCCAAUGAAAUGGUCACCAAAGU